UCCAGCGGGCAGGGAGUGGUCACGCCAACUCUGCUUGGAGCCGAGCAAGCGAGUGAGUCCUGUGCGGCACCAGCCUGAAGCUGCCCGUGUGCCACGAGGGCUGGAGCUCAGCACCUGGGGGCAUCAGGACCGAGCGCCGGAGGGGCGGGGCGGCACCAUGUCUCAGCACCGGCUCCGUGUGCCUGAGCCCGAGAGCCUGGGCCACAAGAGAACCAGCUCGGAGGACAACCUCUACCUGGCAGUGCUCAGGGCCUCGGAGGGCAAGAAAGAUGAACGGGAUCGUGUGCAGAAGAAAACCUUCACCAAGUGGGUCAACAAACACCUCAUCAAGGCCCAGAGACACAUCAGUGACUUGUAUGAAGACCUCCGCGAUGGCCACAAUCUCAUCUCCCUGCUGGAGGUGCUCUCCGGGGACAGCCUGCCCCGGGAGAAGGGGAGGAUGCGCUUCCACAAGCUGCAGAACGUUCAGAUUGCCCUGGACUACCUCCGACACCGCCAGGUGAAGUUGGUGAACAUCCGGAACGAUGACAUCGCCGAUGGCAACCCCAAGCUGACCCUCGGCCUGAUCUGGACGAUCAUCCUGCACUUCCAGAUCUCUGACAUCCAGGUGAGCGGGCAGUCGGAGGACAUGACGGCCAAGGAGAAGCUCCUGCUGUGGUCCCAGCGCAUGGUGGAGGGUUACCAUGGCCUGCGCUGCGACAACUUCACGUCCAGCUGGCGGGACGGCCGUCUCUUCAACGCCAUCAUUCACCGGCACAAGCCCACGCUCAUCGAUAUGAACAAGGUGUAUCGUCAGACCAACCUGGAGAACCUGGACCAGGCCUUCUCUGUGGCGGAACGGGACCUGGGGGUGACGCGGCUCCUGGACCCUGAGGAUGUGGACGUCCCUCAGCCCGACGAGAAGUCCAUCAUCACCUACGUCUCCUCCCUGUAUGACGCUAUGCCCCGCGUGCCUGACGUGCAGGAUGGCGUGAAGGCCAACGAGCUGCAGCUGCGCUGGCAGGAAUACCGGGAGCUGGUGGUCCUGCUGCUGCAGUGGAUCCGGCACCACACGGCGGCCUUCGAGGAGCGCAGGUUCCCUGCCAGCUUUGAGGAGAUUGAGAUUUUGUGGUGCCAGUUCCUGAAGUUUAAGGAGACGGAGCUUCCGGCCAAGGAGGCGGACAAGAACCGGUCCAAGGGCAUCCACCAGUCCCUGGAGGGUGCGGUGCAAGCAGGCCAGCUCAAGAUGCCGCCCGGUUACCACCCGCUGGACGUGGAGAAGGAGUGGGGCAAGCUGCACGUGGCCAUUCUGGAGCGGGAGAAGCAGCUCCGCAGCGAGUUUGAGAGGCUGGAGUGUCUUCAGCGCAUCGUGAGCAAACUCCAGAUGGAGGCUGGGCUGUGUGAGGAGCAGCUGAACCAUGCCGACGCCCUGCUGCAGUCGGAUGUCAGACUGCUGGCUGCAAGCAAGGCGCCCCAGCGGGCAGCCGAGGUGGAGCGGGACCUGGACAAGGCAGAUGGCAUGAUCCGGAUGCUGUUCAACGACGUGCAGACGCUCAAGGAUGGGCGGCACCCACAGGGAGAGCAGAUGUACCGCAGGGUGUACCGCCUGCAUGAACGUCUGGUGGCCAUCCGGACCGAGUACAACCUCCGGCUGAAGGCAGGCGUAGCUGCCCCCGUGACCCAGGUGUCGGUGCAGACCACGCAGAGGCGCCCCGAGCUUGAGGACGCCACGCUGCGCUACCUACAGGACCUGCUUGCCUGGGUGGAGGAGAACCAGCGGCGGGUGGACAGUGCCGAGUGGGGCGGGGACCUGCCCAGUGUGGAGGCCCAGCUGGGCAGCCACCGGGGCCUGCACCAGUCCAUCGAGGAGUUCCGGGCCAAGAUUGAGCGGGCACGAGCUGAUGAGGGCCAGCUCGCCCCGGCCCCCCGGGGCGCCUACAGAGACUGCCUGGGCCGGCUGGACCUGCAGUACGCCAAGCUCCUGAACUCCUCCAAGGCCCGGCUCCGGUCCCUGGAGAGCCUGCACGGCUUUGUGGCCGCCGCCACCAAGGAGCUGAUGUGGCUCAGUGAGAAGGAGGAGGAGGAGGUGGGCUUCGACUGGGGGGAGCACAACUCCAACAUGGCUGCCAAGAAGGAGAGCUACUCGGCCCUGAUGCGUGAUCUGGAGCUGAAGGAGAAGAAAAUCAAGGAGAUUCAGAGCACCGGUGAUCGGCUGCUACGGGAGGGGCACCCUGCUCGGCCUACAGUGGAGUCCUUCCAGGCAGCCCUGCAGACCCAGUGGAGCUGGAUGCUUCAGCUGUGUUGUUGCAUCGAGGCGCACCUGAAGGAGAACACAGCCUAUUUCCAGUUCUUCUCGGACGUGAGGGAGACUGAGGAGCAGCUCCGGAAGCUGCAGGAGACCCUCCGCAGGAAGUACACCUGUGACCACACCAUCACCGUCACGCGUCUGGAGGACCUGCUGCAGGACGCCCAGGAUGAGAAGGACCGACUGAACGAGUACAGGGCACACCUCUCAGGCCUGGCCAAGCGGGCCAAGGCCAUCGUGCAGCUGAAGCCCCGAAACCAAGCCCACCCCGUGCGGGGCCGCAUACCGCUGCUGGCUGUGUGUGACUAUAAGCAGGUGGAGGUGACCGUGCACAAGGGGGACGAGUGUCAGCUGCUGGGCCCCGCACAGCCAUCCCACUGGAAGGUGCUCAGCAGCUCCAGCAGUGAGGCCGCCGUGCCCUCCGUGUGCUUCCUUGUGCCCCCGCCCAACCAGGAGGCCCAGGAGGCCGUCACCAGGCUGGAGGCCCAGCACCAGGCCCUGGUCGUCCUGUGGCAUCAGCUGCACGUGGACAUGAAGAGUCUCCUGGCUUGGCAGAGCCUCAGCCGUGACAUGCAGCUCAUCCGCUCCUGGUCCCUGGUCACGUUCCGGACAUUGAAGCCAGAGGAGCAGCGGCAAGCCAUGCGCAGCCUGGAGCUUCACUACCAGGCCUUCCUGCGAGACAGUCAGGACGCUGGCGGCUUCGGGCCUGAGGACCGGCUGCAGGCUGAGCGUGAGUACGGCAGCUGCAGCCGCCAUUACCAGCAGCUGCUGCAGAGCAUGGAGCAAGGCGCACAGGAGGAGUCUCGCUGUCAGCGAUGCAUCUCCGAGCUCAAGGACAUCCGGCUGCAGCUGGAGGCCUGCGAGACCCGCACCGUGCAUCGCCUGCGACUGCCGCUAGAGAAAGAGCCUGCGCGGGAGUGUGCGCAGCGCAUUGCCGAGCAGCAGAAAGCACAAGCUGAGGUGGAGGGCCUGGGCAAGGGUGUCGCCCGGCUCUCUGCUGAGGCCGAGAAGGUCCUGGCCCUGCCUGAGCCGUCACCCGCUGCCCCGACUCUGCGCUCAGAGCUGGAGCUGACCCUGGGCAAGCUGGAGCAGGUCCGCAGCCUGUCUGCGAUCUACCUGGAGAAGCUCAAGACCAUCAGUCUGGUGAUCCGCAGCACACAGGGGGCGGAGGAAGUGCUCAAGGCACACGAGGAGCAGCUCAAGGAGGCCCAGGCCGUGCCUGCCACCCUCCCAGAGCUUGAGGCUACCAAGGCUGCAUUGAAGAAACUCCGGGUCCAGGCAGAAGCACAGCAGCCCGUGUUUGACGCCCUGCGGGAUGAGCUGCGGGGGGCUCAGGAGGUGGGCGAGCGGCUGCAGCGGCAGCACGGCGAGCGGGACGUGGAUGUGGAACGCUGGCGCGAGCGGGUUGCCCCACUGCUGGAGCGCUGGCAGGCCGUGCUGGCCCAGACGGAUGUGAGACAGCGCGAGCUCGAACAGCUGGGCCGCCAGCUUCGUUACUACCGUGAGAGCGCGGACCUGCUGGACUCCUGGCUGCAGGACGCCAAGCAGCGGCAGCAGCAGAUCCAGGCCGUGCCUCUGGCCAACAGCCAGGCAGUGCGGGAGCAGCUGCGGCAGGAGGAGGCCCUGCUGGAGGAAAUCGAGCGGCAAAGGGAGAAGGUGGAGGAGUGCCAGCGCCUUGCGAAGCAGUACAUCAAUGCCAUCAAGGACUAUGAGCUCCAGCUGGUCACGUACAAGGCACAGCUGGAACCGGUGGCCUCCCCAGCCAAGAAGCCCAAGGUCCAGUCUGGGUCUGAGAGCAUCAUCCAGGAGUACGUAGACCUGCGCACGAGGUACAGCGAGCUGACCACACUCACAAGUCAGUACAUCAAGUUCAUCAGCGAGACUCUGCGGCGCAUGGAGGAGGAGGAGAGGCUGGCUGAGCAGCAGCGGGCAGAGGAGCGGGAGCGGCUGGCCCAGGUGGAGGCCGCGCUGGAGAAGCAGCGGCAGCUGGCCGAGGCGCACGCCCAGGCGAAGGCGCAGGCCGAGCGCGAGGCCCAGGAGCUGCAGCAGCGCAUGCAGGAGGAGGUGGCGCGGCGGGAGGAGGCAGCGGUGGACGCGCAGCAGCAGAAGCGGAGCAUUCAGGAGGAGCUGCAACACUUGCGGCAGAGCUCGGAGGCCGAGAUCCAGGCGAAGGCCCGACAGGUGGAGGCGGCCGAACGCAGCCGGCUGCGCAUCGAGGAGGAGAUCCGCGUGGUGCGCCUGCAGCUGGAGGCUACCGAGCGCCAGCGCGGCGGGGCGGAGGGCGAGCUGCAGGCCCUACGCGCGCGGGCUGAGGAGGCUGAGGCACAGAAGCGGCAGGCGCAGGAGGAGGCGGAGCGCUUGCGGCGGCAGGUGCAGGACGAGAGCCAGCGCAAGCGACAGGCGGAGGCCGAGCUGGCCCUGCGCGUCAAGGCGGAGGCCGAGGCGGCCCGGGAAAAGCAGCGGGCCCUGCAGGCGCUGGAGGAGCUGCAGCUCCAGGCGGAGGAAGCGGAGCGGCGCCUCCGGCAGGCGGAGGCCGAGCGGGCGCGCCAGGUGCAGGUGGCCCUGGAGACGGCGCAGCGCAGCGCUGAGGUGGAGCUGCAGAGCAAGCGCGCCUCGUUCGCGGAGAAGACAGCGCAGCUGGAGCGCACCCUGCAGGAAGAGCACGUGGCGGUGGCGCAGCUGCGGGAGGAGGCCGCGCGGCAGGCGCAGCGGCAGGCUGAGGCGGAGCGCGCCCGGGAGGAGGCCGAGCGGGAGCUGGAGCGCUGGCGGCUGAAGGCCAACGAGGCGCUGCGCCUGCGGCUGCAGGCGGAGGAGGUGGCGCAGCAGAAAAGCCUGGCGCAGGCGGAGGCGGAGCAGCAGAAGGAGGAGGCGGAGCGCGAGGCCCGGCGCCGCGGCAAGGCGGAGGAGCAGGCCGUGCGGCAGCGGGAGCUGGCCGAGCAGGAGCUGGAGAAGCAGCGGCAGCUGGCGGAGGGCACCGCCCAGCAGCGCCUGGCGGCGGAGCAGGAGCUGAUCCGGCUGCGGGCCGGCACCGAGCAGGGGGAGCAGCAGCGCCAGCUCCUGGAGGAGGCGCUGGCGCGGCUGCAGCGCGAGGCGACCGCGGCUGCGCAGAAGCGCCAGGAGCUGGAGGCGGAGCUGACGACGGUGCGCGCGGAGAUGGAGGUGCUGCUGGCCAGCAAGGCGCGCGCCGAGGAGGAGUCGCGCUCCACCAGCGAGAAGUCCAAGCAGAGGCUGGAGGCCGAGGCCAGCCGCUUCCGCGAGUUGGCUGAGGAGGCCGCUCGCCUGCGCGCCCUGGCCGAGGAGACCAAGCGGCAGCGGCAGCUGGCUGAGGAGGACGCGGCGCGGCAGCGGGCGGAGGCGGAGCGGGUGCUGGCCGAGAAGCUGGCCGCCAUCAGUGAGGCCACGCGGCUCAAGACCGAGGCAGAGAUCGCGCUCAAGGAGAAGGAGGCGGAGAACGAGCGUCUGCGGCGGCUGGCAGAGGACGAGGCCUUCCAGCGGCGGCGGCUGGAGGAGCAGGCGGCCCAGCACAAGGCGGACAUCGAGGAGCGGCUGAUGCAGCUGCGCAAGGCGUCCGACAGUGAGCUGGAGCGGCAGAAGGGGCUGGUGGAGGACACGCUGCGGCAGCGGCGGCAGGUGGAGGAGGAGAUCCUGGCCCUCAAGGCGAGCUUUGAGAAGGCGGCCGCCGGCAAGGCGGAGCUGGAGCUGGAGCUGGGGCGCAUCCGCAGCAAUGCUGAGGACACGCUGCGCAGCAAGGAGCAGGCUGAGCGGGAGGCUGCGCGGCAGCGGCAGCUGGCGGCCGAGGAGGAACAGCGGCGCCGCGAGGCUGAGGAGCGUGUGCAGAAGAGCCUGGUGGCGGAGGAGGAGGCCGCGCGGCAGCGCAAGUUGGCGCUGGAGGAGGUGGAGCGGCUCAAGGCCAAGGUGGAGGAGGCGCGGCGCCUCCGCGAGCGGGCAGAGCAGGAGUCGGCGCGGCAGCUGCAGCUGGCCCAGGAGGCCGCCCAGAAGCGGCUGCAAGCGGAGGAGAAGGCGCACGCCUUUGCGGUGCAGCAGAAGGAACAGGAGCUGCAGCAGACGCUCCAGCAGGAGCAGAGCAUGCUGGAGCGGCUGCGCGGCGAGGCAGAGGCCGCGCGGCGGGCUGCCGAGGAGGCGGAGGAGGCCCGGGAGCGCGCCGAGUUGGAGGCGGCUCAGUCCCGGCAGCAGGUGGAAGAGGCCGAGCGGCUGAAGCAGUUGGCGGAAGAGCAGGCGCGGGCCCGGGCGGAGGCGCAGGCUGCCGCGGAGAAGCUGCGCAAGGAGGCGGAGCAGGAGGCGGCCCGGCGGGCGCAGGCCGAGCAGGCGGCUUUGAAGCAGAAGCAGGCGGCUGACGCUGAGAUGGAAAAGCACAAGAAAUUUGCGGAGCAGACUCUGCGGCAGAAGGCACAGGUGGAGCAGGAACUGACCGCCCUGCGGCUGCAGCUGGAGGAGACUGACCACCAGAAGGGCAUCUUGGAUGAGGAGCUGCAGCGGCUCAAGGCGGAGGUGAUGGAGGCAGCCCGGCAGCGCAGCCAGGUGGAGGAGGAGCUCUUCUCCGUGCGCGUGCAGAUGGAGGAGCUGAGCAAACUCAAGGCGCGCAUCGAGGCGGAGAACCGUGCGCUCAUCUUGCGUGACAAGGACAACACCCAGCGCUUCCUGCAGGAGGAGGCCGAGAAGAUGAAGCAGGUUGCGGAGGAGGCGGCCCGGCUGAGCGUGGCAGCCCAGGAGGCGGCCCGGCUGCGGCAGCUGGCCGAGGAGGACCUGGCGCAACAGCGGGCCCUCGCUGAAAAGAUGCUCAAGGAGAAGAUGCAGGCGGUGCAGGAGGCCACGCGCCUCAAGGCCGAGGCAGAGCUGCUGCAGCAGCAGAAGGAGCUCGCGCAGGAGCAGGCCCGGCAGCUGCAGGAGGACAAGGAGCAGAUGGCGCAGCAGCUGGUGCAGGAGACACAGGGCUUCCAGCGGACUUUGGAGCUGGAGCGGCAGCGGCAGCUGGAGAUGAGCGCUGAGGCCGAGCGCCUCAAGCUUCGCGUGGCCGAGAUGAGCCAGGCGCAGGCCCGUGCCGAGGAGGAUGCCCAGCGCUUCCGCAGACAGGCCGAGGAGAUCGGCGAGAAGCUGCACCGCACUGAGCUCGCCACGCAGGAGAAGGUGACGCUGGUACACACGCUUGAGGUCCAGCGGCAGCAGAGUGACCAUGACGCCGAGCGCCUCCGAGCGGCCAUUGCUGAGCUGGAGCGUGAGAAGGAGAAGCUCCAGGAGGAGGCCACAUUGCUGCAGCAGAAGUCCGAGGAGAUGCAGGUGGUGCAGCAGGAGCAGCUGCUGCAGGAGACGCGGGCGCUGCAGCAGAGCUUCCUGUCAGAGAAGGACCGCCUGCUGCAGCGGGAGCACUCCAUCGAGCAGGAGAAGGCCAAGCUGGAGCAGCUGUUCCAGGACGAGGUGGCCAAGGCGCAGCAGCUGCGCGAGGAGCAGCAGCGGCAGCAGCAGCAGAUGGCGCAGGAGAGGCAGCGGCUGGUGGCCAGCAUGGAGGAGGCCCUGCAGCGCCAGCGUGACGCGGAGGAGGGCGUGCGGCGCAAGCAGGAGGAGCUGCAGCAGCUGGAGCAGCAACGUCAGCAGCAGGAGAAGCUGCUGGCCGAGGAGAACCGGCGGCUGCGCGAGCGGCUGCAGCGCCUGGAGGAGGAGCACCGGGCUGCGGUGGCACAUUCCGAGGAGAUCGCUGCCUCGCAGGCCGUGGCCGCCAAAGCCCUGCCUAACGGCCGGGACGCGCCUGACGGCCCGGCCGCGGAGGUGGAGCACGUGCACGCGUUUGAUGGGCUGCGGCGGAAGGUGCCGGCCCAGCGGCUGCAGGAGGUUGGCGUCCUGAGCUCGGAGGAGCUGCAGCGGCUGGCCGAGGGCCACACAACAGUGGCUGAGCUUGCCCAGCGGGAGGACGUGCGCCGGUACCUGCGGGGCCGCAGUGGCAUCGCAGGGCUGCUGCUGAAGCCCACCAACGAGAAGCUGAGCGUUUAUGCGGCCCUCCAGCGGCAGCUGCUGAGCCCGGGCACGGCGCUCAUCCUGCUCGAGGCUCAGGCUGCCUCCGGCUUCCUCCUGGACCCCGUGCAGAAUCGGCGGCUGACUGUCAACGAGGCCGUGAAGGAAGGCGUGGUGGGCCCCGAGCUACACCACAAGCUGCUGUCAGCCGAGCGCGCCGUCACCGGCUACAAGGACCCCUACACCGGGGAGCAGAUCUCCCUCUUCCAGGCCAUGAAGAAGGACCUCGUCGUCCACGACCACGGCAUCCGCCUGCUGGAGGCCCAGAUCGCCACGGGCGGCAUCAUCGACCCCGUGCACAGCCACCGGCUGCCCGUGGACGUGGCCUACCGGCGUGGCUACUUCGACGAGGAGAUGAGCCGCGUCCUGGCGGACCCGAGCGACGACACCAAGGGCUUCUUCGACCCCAACACGCACGAGAACCUCACGUACCUGCAGCUGCUGGAGCGCUGUGUGGAGGACCCCGAGACGGGGCUGCGCCUGCUGCCCCUGAAAGGCUCCGAGAAGGCAGAAGUGGUGGAGACCACACAGCUGUACACCGAGGAGGAGACCCGCAGAGCGUUCGAGGAGACGCAGAUAGACAUCCCCGGUGGCGGUGGCCGCGGCGGCUCCACUAUGUCCUUGUGGGAGGUGAUGCAGUCGGACCUGAUCCCAGAGGAGCAGCGCACCCGGCUCAUGGCUGACUUCCAGGCCGGCCGGGUGACCAAGGAGCGCAUGAUCAUCAUCAUCAUCGAGAUCAUCGAGAAGACCGAGAUCGUGCGCCAGCAGAACCUGGCUUCCUACGACUACAUCCGCCGCCGCCUCACCGCCGAGGACCUCUAUGAGGCCCGGAUCAUCUCCCGUGAGACGUACAGCCUCCUCCGGGAGGGCACCAAGAGCCUCCGAGAGGUGCUGGAGGAGGAGUCGGCCGCACGCUACCUCUACGGCACGGGCUGUGUGGCUGGCGUCUACCUGCCAGGCUCUAGGCAGACGCUCACCAUCUACCAGGCCCUCAAGAAGGGCCUGCUGAGCGCCGAGGUGGCCCGCUUGCUGCUGGAGGCACAGGCGGCCACGGGCUUCCUCCUGGAGCCCGUGAAGGGCGAGCGGCUGACCGUGGACGAAGCCGUGCGGAAGGGCCUGGUGGGCCCCGAGCUGCAUGACCGGCUGCUCUCGGCAGAGCGGGCUGUGACCGGUUAUCGUGACCCCUAUACGGAGCAGACGAUCUCGCUCUUCCAGGCCAUGAAGAAGGACCUGAUCCCCGAGGAGGAGGCCCUGCGGCUGCUUGACGCCCAGCUGGCCACGGGUGGCAUCGUGGACCCGCGCCUGGGCUUCCGUCUCCCCCUGGAGGUGGCCUACCAGCGUGGCUACCUCCACAAGGACACGUACGACCGGCUGUCGGAGCCCAGCGAAGUGCGCAGCUACCUGGACCCCUGCGCGGACGAGCGUCUCAGCUACACGCAGCUGCUCCGGAGGUGCCGCCUCCACGAGGCCAGCGGCCAGCGCCUCCUGCCCCUUUCGGACGCCCGCAGGCUGACCUUCCGUGGCCUGCGCAAGCAGGUCACGGUGGAAGAGCUGGUGCGCUCGCAGGUCAUGGACGAGGCUACGGCGUUGCGGUUGCAGGAGGGCCUGGCCUCCGUGGAGGAGGUCACCCAGAACCUGCAGAAGUUCCUUGAGGGCACUAGCUGCAUUGCUGGCGUCUUCGUGGAUGCCACCAAGGAGCGGCUGUCCGUGUACCAGGCCAUGAAGAAAGGCAUCAUCCGCCCCGGCACGGCCUUCGAGCUCCUGGAAGCACAGGCGGCCACCGGCUACGUCAUCGACCCCAUCAAGGGGCUCAAGCUGACCGUGGAGGAGGCUGUGCGCAUGGGCAUCGUGGGCCCCGAGUUCAAGGACAAACUGCUGUCGGCCGAGCGCGCCGUCACCGGCUACAAGGACCCCUACUCUGGGAAGCUCAUCUCCCUCUUCCAGGCCAUGAAGAAGGGCCUGAUCCUGAAGGACCAUGGCAUCCGCCUGCUGGAGGCCCAGAUCGCCACGGGCGGCAUCAUCGACCCCGAGGAGAGCCACCGGCUGCCCGUGGAGGUGGCCUACAAGCGUGGCCUCUUCGACGAGGAGAUGAACGAGAUCCUGACGGACCCGAGCGACGACACCAAGGGCUUCUUCGACCCCAACACGGAGGAGAAUCUCACGUACCUGCAGCUGAUGGAGCGCUGCAUCACGGACCCCCAGACGGGCCUGUGCCUGCUGCCCUUGAAGGAGAGGAAGCGGGAGCGGAAGACGUCCUCCAAGUCCUCGGUGCGCAAGCGCCGCGUGGUGAUCGUGGACCCGGAGACGGGCAAGGAGAUGUCUGUGUACGAGGCCUACCGCAAGGGCCUCAUCGACCACCAGACGUACCUGGAGCUGUCCGAGCAGGAGUGCGAGUGGGAGGAGAUCACCACCUCCUCCUCGGACGGCGUGGUCAAGUCCAUGAUCAUCGACCGCCGCUCGGGCCGCCAGUACGACAUCGACGAGGCCAUUGCCAGGAGCCUGAUCGACCGCUCGGCUCUGGAUCAGUACCGUGCCGGCACUCUCUCCAUCACGGAGUUUGCAGACAUGCUCUCGGGCAGUGCCGGCGGCUUCCGCUCCCGCUCGUCCUCCGUGGGGUCCUCGUCGUCCUACCCCAUCAGCCCUGCAGCCUCCAGGCCCCAGGGGACCUCCUGGUCGGACCCCACGGAGGAGACGGGCCCUGUGGCCGGCAUCCUGGACACAGAGACUCUGGAGAAGGUGUCCAUCACAGAGGCCAUGCACCGCAACCUGGUGGACAACAUCACGGGGCAGCGGCUGCUGGAGGCCCAGGCCUGCACGGGGGGCAUCAUCGACCCCAGCACUGGCGAGCGCUUCCCUGUCACGGACGCUGUCAACAAGGGCCUGGUGGACAAGAUCAUGGUGGACCGCAUCAACCUGGCUCAGAAAGCCUUCUGCGGCUUCGAGGACCCGCGCACCAAGACCAAGAUGUCGGCCGCUCAGGCCCUGAAGAAGGGCUGGCUCUACUACGAGGCGGGCCAGCGGUUCCUGGAGGUGCAGUACCUGACCGGCGGCCUGAUCGAGCCCGAUGCCGCAGGCCGCGUGCCCCUGGAUGAGGCCCUGCAGCGCGGCAUGGUGGACGCCCGAACCGCCCAGAAGCUGCGAGACGUGGGCGCCUACUCCAAGUACCUCACCUGCCCCAAGACCAAGCUCAAGAUCUCCUACAAGGACGCACUGGACCGUAGCAUGGUGGAGGAGGGCACGGGGCUGCGGCUGCUGGAGGCGGCCGCCCAGUCCAGCAAGGGCUACUACAGCCCCUACAGUGUCAGCGGCUCGGGCUCCACGGCCGGGUCGCGCUCUGGCUCGCGCACCGGGUCGCGGGCCGGCUCCCGCCGAGGGAGCUUUGACGCCACCAGCUCCGGCUUCUCCAUGACCUUCUCUUCGUCCUCCUACUCUUCCUCGGGCUAUGGCCGCCGCUAUGCCUCAGGGCCUGCGUCCUCCCUGGGGGGCCCCGAGUCUGCAGUGGCCUGAUCCGCUGCCUGCGCCCUGCCCUCCCGCUCUGCAUGUGGCCAGGUUCCCCGCCCAGGCGUUGAGGCGUUGGGGUCUUUCACGUCUAAAGGUGUCUUCCUCCCAAGCGGUGCCUAAAGUUUAACCAAAAAAAACCCGGACUAACGUAUUAAUAUCUGUUCGCUGUCCAGACAGCCUGUGUCUUGGGGAAUGGGGCCGGUGCGGCCUCUCGGACCACCUCAUCCUGCAGGCCUCCCUGCUCCUGUCUACCUGCCACUCACCACAGCCAGGUGCCUUGGAGGGUCCCGAGCCAGGCCCCCAGCCCAGCCCUCCUCUGUCUUCAGGGAGGGUCUUCUCUGGGCCGGGUUCCCCCAGCCCUGCUCACUGGGCUCCCUGACACCCAACCACCAGUCCUAGCUGCUCGGGGAAGCAGGGGUGGGCCCCCAUCACGAGCAGAGCCCUCAGGACCAGCUUUCUUUCCUGUUUCCAGGACUGACUUCCGCGUUCGGCAGGCCUUGCUGGGGAGGGCGGGGGGUCCUGGGUCAGCCAUCUCUUCCAGCCUGCCUGGAGAAGCACCUUCCCCACGGGAAGAUGAGGGUCCAGUCUGCAGAGCCAGCUGGUCCCUGCCACGUUGCAGACUCUGCCCCCAGCCCCCAGCCCCUGACACUCUGCCAAGACCCCAGGCCUCUGGCUUCUGCCUUCCAGCCUCAGCCCCCUAGUAAGUGCCUUCAGUGUCCUCCCUCCCACCCCAGGCCCCAAGGACCCAGAUCUGGGGUGGGAGGUAGACCCUCUGGUGAGACUCCCCAUGGCCCAGCUCUCGGGCACGCCAGCCCCGGGCCAGGCCGGGUGUGGCUGGGGCUUCUGCAGGGCUUUGCUCCCCUGUGGCCCCACCCUGGGUGCUUCCUGCCUGUCUCUUCAAGGGAGACUGCUCCCUCUGUUUGGCCCCGACGAUGGGCCGCCCAGCCCAGGGCCAGCCCCUCCUGUCCCACCUUGGUGCCCCCGCUCCCCCGCCUCCACCCUCUGACUAAGCUUUGCAUGUUUCACUAACCCAGGCAGGCGGCGGGUGGAGGCACCAGGCUUCCGGCUGCCUCCGUGAGGGCAGAACACUAACCCGACCAUGGGUGGGUCUGCAGUGCUCACCCCAAUAAAAGCAAUUCC